AUGUUGAUUUGGGGUGAAUGGGGGGGGGUUUUUUAUGUUGGGUGGAGGGGUUUUUGUUGUGUGGGGGGUGGUGGGGUGUUGGGUGUGGAUGGGGUGUGUAUUGGGGGGGGGGGGGGGUUGGUUUGUGGGGGGGGGUUGUUGAGGAGGGUGUGUAGGGGUGUUGGGUGUGGGGGGUUUGGGGGGGUUGUGGUAAGUUGGGUUGGGGGUGUGGGUUUGAUGAUUGGUUUGGUUGGGGUGGUGGGGGUUGUUGUUGUUGGGGUUGUGUGGGGGGUGUUGGUUUUGGGUUGGUGGGGGGUGGUGUGUUUGGGGGGGGGUUGGUGGGGUGGGUGGGGUCUGGGGUUGGUGGGGGUUUUGGGUUUGUGGGGGUGGGGUUGGGGUUGGGUGUGUUUGGGUGGUUGUUGUGGUGUGGGUUGGGUGGGGGUGGGGUGGAGGUGGUGUUGGGUGUUUUUGUAUUUGUGUUUUGGGGGUAGGGGGUGGGUUGUGUGUGGGGUGGGGUGUAGGUGUAGGGUAGUGGGUGGGUUUGGGGUUGGUUGGUGGGGGUGUUGGGGUGGGUGUGGGGGGGGGGGUGGGGGUUGGGGGGGUGGUGGGGGGUUGGGUUUGUUUUGGGUUGGGUGGUUUUGGUUAUGGUGGAGGGUGUGGUUGGGUUGGGGGGGUUUCUGGUGUGGUGUGUGGUGUGUUGUGGGGUGGUUUGGGGGGUUGGGGUUGGGGUGGAUUUUGUUGGGGGGUGGGGGGUUUGUUAUGGGUGGGGUGUUUGAUGGGGGGGGUGGUUUUGGGGUUUGGUGUGGGGGGGGGGGGGUGUUGGAUUGUGUGUGGGGGGGGGGGUUGUGUUGGUGGGUGUGUGUGUUGGGGUGUUGGUUGGUGGUGAGUGGGUUGGUGUGGGUUGUUGGGUGGUGGUUUUGGGGGGGUUGGGGGGUGGGGUUUUUUUGGGUGGGGGGGUUGGUGUGGGUGGGGUGGGGGUUUGGGGUGGUUUGGGGGGGUGGGGGGUUUGGGUGGGGGGGGGGUGGGGGUGUUGGGGGGGGGUUGUGGGGGUUGAUGGGGUGGUGGUGUGGUUUGUGGGGGUGUGGGGGUUGGGGGGGGGGGUUGGGGUGGUGUGGGGGUGGGGGGGUUGGGGGGUGGGGGGGGGGUGUUGGGGGGGGUGUUUAG